CCUUCCAAUCCACUGGUGUUUACUUACUACCAUUUUCCAGAACCCUACCUUCUCUCAUAAAAUCGACAAUGUCACGAUCUUUGUGCAUUCUUGCCCUCACAUUUGGAUUUUCAAGCGCUCUUUUUGAUGGAAGAAAUAGAAAUGGUUUAAACGGUAUGAACAACGGCUUGAAUGGUUUGAACAGUAACGGCUUGAAUGGUUUGAACAGUAACGGAAUGAAUGGUUUGAACAGGAAUGGAUUCAACGACAACUGGAUGAAUGGCCUGAACGCGAACAACUGGAUGAAUGGCCUGAACGCGAACAACUGGAUGAAUGGCCUGAACGGGAACAACUGGAUGAAUAAUCUUAAUGGCAAUAACUGGAUGAAUGGCCUGAACGGGAACAACUGGAUGAAUGGCCUGAACGGGAACAACUGGAUGAAUGGCCUGAAUAGCAAUGGUCUUAAUGGAUUAAACAACGGGUUGAACGGUGGAUCCCUAAUGAAUACUGGGCGUGGGAGAACCAUGUACGGAUAGACGGAUUGAACCGUUUGAAGCCAUAGAUAGAAGAAAAAUAAAAGUUCUCAAUUUGA